UCCACACUUUCACGUUUUCUCAGCGGAACACAGCAUCUCUGAAGAAGCGCACGCAGCCGUACUUCAUCUGAGACACUGUCUGUCGAGCCAGGGAUGGUGAUAUAUUUGCCUUACACGUAUAAACUGGAGUAAAUGAUGCUAGCUAUCAAGCUAGCCACCUUAAGGCUUUAACGGUUUAGCGUGCUGCCAUGUUCAACCCCAGUGAUCUAGAAGGUGAAGUUGAUCAUUCGUUUUUCGACAGUGACUCUGAUGCCGGCGGAGAUGGAGGGAAGAAGACGGAGAAGGUUGAAAAAGAGAUUCCACCAGCACAGGAGAGGCUACAUGCAAAACAGACCGAACACAGAGAAGGUGGUUUGUCCCCGAGGAGUGAUAAGACUAAAAAACAGCCGAAGACAGCUGAGAAUAACAGUAGCAACAGAGCAGAAAAGAAAGAAAACAGCUUUCAAUCAAAGGUAGAACAGAGGAGCAGAGCGUCAAGCCUAUCAUCGGUUGCCUGCACAUCAGAUAAAGUCAUCAAUAAUUGUAGUGAUACUGAAGAAGACUCUAAUUUCCACUCUAAAAGGUCCUCUGGGACUUUUAUGGCUAUGUUGGCUGAUGCCAGAGAAGCACAUUAUAAGGAUGUGUACAGUGAGAGUCCAAAUGAGUCUGAAGAAGAAGCAUUAUCAUCCAGUCCCAAACACUCAAAAGGGAGAAAUAAACAAUCCCCUAAAAGACGGCUAAGAAGCCGGCGCACUCGAAGUCCAUCCCCCACUUCCACCGAGGCCAGCGUGGACGCAGACUCGGAGAGCUCUUGUAGCAGUAGCUAUGGGAGACGCAGUUUGGACUCCCCCGCCCUUCCCAAGCCCAACAGGUCUGCUUUAUUUCCUGGAGUGCGAGGGAUCCGGGCGGGCUCGACGGGAUCUCGGGAUGUGCCUGCCGGCCAUAGAGAGGAGUCAGAUGAUACAGUGACAGAUGUCAGCCCGCUCUCCUCCCCUGACUGCAGCCCUCUCCAGUCGUUGGACCUGAACCACACAGAGGCUGAGGAGGGAAGCCUUAAAGACCAGCAGCAGCAGCAGCAGCAGCAGGAGAGUGUGCCCUCCAGUGGCCUUAGCACCGUACAUCAGGAUGAGGACUCGGAACAGGAUGUGGAUGAGUGUUCUCUGAGUUCAGAGAGUCAGCUUGGGGGUAAACUGGUCCUCCACUGUCCUGGAGGAAGAAACAGGAAGAACUACUCGUUCACCAACGAUGAGGUCCGAUGCAUCGAUCGCGAGAACCAGCGACUUCUUCGUGAGCUUUCACGCCUUUCUCCAGGGCCCAGACCAGGAAGCGCAACGGGAAAGAAAACCCGUAUGGCCAGCAAGUCGCCGCUCAAUCGCCUGUCCCACAGCGCGCUCAACAGACAGCGGGAACAGCAACGCAUCGAGAGGGAGAACCUGGCUUUUCUAAAGAGGCUGGAGUCCGUCAAGGCAACACCUGGUCUAAAACGCUCAGAACAACUGGCAGACUACCAGCGACACGUUGGAUACCUGGGAGGUCCUUCGUAUUCCAUCUCUAUGUCCACCACAAAGAAAGAGAGGUCUACCAGCAGGACAUCCUCAGAUGGCUGCAGAGAUUCAGUUAACAGAAGACGACUUCCAGACAGUAAAAACAGGCUGUGGAUGACUGAUACCGCAGGUCCAAGGCCGGCCAGCUCCAGAGCAGUUUCCAUCACCACUGACUCCGGCAACACACCAAUUCCUAGGUCCAAAAAACUGAAUGCAGCCCGAUCAGCCUGGUGCUGAGAACACUGGCGUUUACAGAUAUCUGAUUCACAAAGAAGCACAUCGCUGGUUCCCUUUAGUGGCAUCUGUUGGUAUUCAUUCAUCACAAAAGGUUCGAUUUGGAAGGAAGCUGAAAGGAUCUACACUUAAUCAACUAUUCUGUGAUUUAAGUCAUCGUGCUUAUCAAUUGUAACAAUGAACUUUUUCUCCACUUUUCAAUGCUGAAAUAUGGCAAAUCGAUGAGCUUAGAGCUAUUGUAAUGGAAUAGUUCUGUUGUGGCUUCUGAAUACUGCAGUAACUCUUUGCACCAGUUAGUCAGCUGUAUUUUUCUUGGAAAUAUCGUCUAGGCUUCAGCAGAUAACCAACGUUUCAAUGCUUAUUAUUUCACUGAGUGAUGUUUACAAAAAAGUUUUAAUUUGCCUCCCUUUUCUCAUAUUUGUACAAUUUAUCAUGCAAUAGAGAAUUAUGCUUUUAAAUGCAAAGCAAAUAUAAA